AUGCCUGUCGACGAGGGAGGCGAGAUCGACGCGAAUGUCACCGUCGACGAGGCCGCGGCGGCGGCGGCGGCGUACACGGCGGCGCUCAGAGCUCCAUGGAGGACGGAGAUGCUGGACGAGCUGCUCAACUUCGGUGAGCACGGCGAUCAGGACGUUCCCGUCGCGGCCAACCCCGACCCCGUCCUGACGAGCGCCCCAGCAGCGCCGAGCGCCCCAGCAGCGCCGAGACCCCCGCGGAGGAAGGACCUGCUCGACGACCUGUUCGACUUUGCGCCCGUCCCAUCCUCAUCGAUUGGAACGACGCGCGAGGGCUCGAGCGUCGAGCCGGCGCCCGCGCCUGAUCCGGUUCCCGCGGCGACGGUCUCGACCGCGGCGGCACCCGCGGGAGGCACGUCGGUCACGGGCAUCGCGCCGCCCUCGCUCGCCCCGUCCAUUCCCGAUGACCGCCCCGGAAAAGUAAAAAGACCCAAGACGGAGGAAUCGUCCCAAAAGCAGUCCGAAUCCGACAAGUUCGCCGCAGGGCUGAUCAGCGAAGGUUGGAAACACAUUGCGGGAGACGUCUGGGAGGGGAAAGCUGGGGGGAAAUUGAAACGAACCGUUUACCAGCGCUUCGGCAGUAUCCCUGAAGUUCGAAAACAGGGCAAGGCAGUAUCCUUGAAGUUCGAAGACACAAAUCACAACAACGGCGAGUACGCUGCUGGGAAAGCUGCGGGUCAGCUUUUCAGUAUACAUGCAGUUCACCGAUAUUUUCAGCGCCAAGCGGAUUUUCAGGACCUUUUAUUGGAAUUUUUUUCAGCACUGGACCAAAGUCAACUGGAAGAGCUAUUGGAGGAUGAACAACAAGGUGUAUUUGAGCGUGGGGAAGUUAUACUAGCUGCUGCGAGCCGCGGACUCGAGUCCUUCACCCCUCGAAAAGAAACAGGUACAAAUGCUGAGGCUCAGGCUGAGGCUCAGGCUCGUAGAGACGCUUUCUUGGAACAGGCCGAGGCCAUUCUUCUAUGGUUUGAAGUGCACAGACCAAUCGCCGCCGAAAUAAGAACCUUGGGUCCCAUCAGAUUUUCGCAGGAUAUGCUUUCAUUGGAUUCGAAGUAUCGGAAACACCUUUUGGAGCUUCGAAGAAUUACUGACAUCCUCGAGCUCUGUCGAUCCCCUGGACCAUUCACCUCGUGGGAACCAGAUCGAUGCUGGCCGUCCCCUAAACACAUGUCCUUUGGAAAAUAUCCUGACGGUGUAAGAUUUCGGCUUCACUCUUUGCAACUCGUACAGAAAAUAUCGGAGGGUGAUGAUAAACGUGCUGCGCAGGACAUGCUGGACAAAUUGAUCACGGUCAGCAAGAACAACAUCAGUAUAUUUAGAAGUGCCAAGGGCGACGAGUUGGAGACUUCCCAUCUUUGCCAUCCGUCUCGUGGAGGCUAUCUGUGGUGUUAUAACCCCGCGCAUCUGGUGCCAGAAACGCAUACCCAAAACAUGGAUCGACAACGUUGCCUUGGCACGCUCUGGAUCGAUGGUAUCCCACACAGUGCAUGCGAUCAUGGGAAGGACGGACGCGACAGAUGCCUUGGAUGGAGGCAAACCCCGAUUGAUAUGCAGUUAAGUCAGCCUGAGCGAAGCUUCAUCCCGAGCUUCGUAUCUCGCGGCCGGCAUGCUGCGUUGUUCGCGCCUCUCAUUGCGAUCGAACAAGCCGCGCUCGCAGCGCCCGCCCCCGCCCCCGCGCCCGCCCCCGCCCCCGCGCCCGCGCCCUCUGGGCGCGGGAGUGGGCGGCCGACGGACCUAAGAGGGAUCUUGGAUGAUACGUAG